AUGAAAUCACGUGCCGAACAUUUACCUAUUGAAUUGUGGUUAUCAAUAUUUUCCUAUAUAGAAGUUCAUGAGCUAUUUCAAGCUUUCUACAAUUUAAAUAAUUAUUUCGACAAAUUAUUUACUUCAAAACAUCUUUUAUUAUAUGUUCAAAUAGAAUCAGCAACGAGAAACAAUGUUCGUUGGUGCAAAUCAAUACUUGAUCGUCUGAUACGUAUUCAAUCAUCUUCCAAGCAUGCAUCUCAUGAUCUUACUCAAUUUCUUCAAUCUUAUUCAACAAAACUUAUCCAGUUAAAAUCAUUAAUAAUUCAAGUUUGUUUAGAAAACAUUCCAUCUAUUUGUAGUGCAUUAGAACAACUUCCUUCACUUGAAUAUAUUUCUCUAACAUGCAUACCAACACAAAAAUUACUCGAAACUAUACUGACUACAUCAACUCUUCGUACAUGCCGAUUCAAAUUUUGGCGACCAAUUGCUACUAUCAAUUAUCAUUCAUGUACCGCUAAUAGUAAUGUAGAAAUACUAUCUGUAAAAAUGUUAGAUGACCCAAAUCAUUCAAUUAUUUAUUUACUCUUAUCCCAUAUGCCAAAAUUGAAACAUCUUGAAAUAGAAAAAAAUAAUUCUGUCCUUUUAUUCAAUCAAAAUUUAUUUGUUUUGGAACAUCUUAAAGUAUUGAAAUUAAUUUGGAAUCGUCAUCAAUAUAAAUCGGAUUAUUUCGAAAAUUGUCGUAGAAUUAUAGCAAAUCUAAGAAGUUUGCAUCUUAGUAUACAUUACAUUCAAUUCAAUGAAUCAUUUGAUCAUAUAUUAAUUGGUUUUUUAUGCACAUUGAUAAAAAAAAUCAAAAAAAUUAAAAUUUUUAUUCUCUGCUAUCAAUUAAUGGCAUUAAUCGAUAUUGACUUAGAGAAGAAAUUCAAUAACUAUUGUCAAAAGCUAGCCUUCGAAUUCAGUAGUCUAUCUGAUACUAGUUUUCAGAUCACAUGGAGCGAAGAAGAAACAUCUAAACAUAUAAUUCAAAUUAUUUUCUAA